UCUUGAAUCCUUGUUAUAACUUCAAAAAGAGUAAAACCAAUUUUUGGAAAGUUAAAGAUUUGCGCGGGAAGCAGUUUCUAACUUUACUUGCAGGUGGACAUUUCUGAGGUUGUAGAAGAAUAUUUACUAUGAACAUUCAGGAAUUGUUUAUGCUGGCAUUAAUGCCUGUUCUGAAAACGCUGUUGAUUGCGGUUGUUGGCUUAUAUCUUGCCUUAGAUCAUGUCAGUCUUUUGACUGCAGAAGGACGUCACCACCUGAACAACCUUGUAUUCUACGUCUUUUUUCCAUCACUUUGUGCUAGUGGUCUCAUCAGUUCAAGUACAGCGAUGGGAAUAUUUUCUUUGUGGUUCGUCCCAGUGAGUAUUCUUAUUACCUUUCUUGUUGGAUCAGCUCUCGGAUGGAUACUUGUCAAAAUCACUAGAACGCCUCAGCAUUUGCAUGGGCUUGUUAUUGGUUGUUGCGCGGGAGGAAACAUGGGGAACUUGCCUGUCAUUAUUAUCCCAGCCAUCUGUGCCGAGAAAAACAAUCCGUUUGGAGAUUCAUCAACGUGCUCGAUAAAUGGAAUGGGCUAUGUAUCCCUCUCUAUGGGGAUAGGAGCUAUUGGCAUCUGGUCGUAUGUAUAUAAUAUCAUACGGGCAUAUGGAAAGAGGGAUGACAGGGAUGUCUCAGCCUACUCCAAAUUAAGAGAAAAUAAUCACACUGAAACGUCAAAACGAACCUUGGAUAAUACUACACGAGCACUGCUACCAAGUAGUAACUCGAAAGAUGAUGAAGUUUCAGCUGAGCUUUUUAACCAAGGAUCCAUGGACGAAACAAAGGUUUCGAUACCUACUAUCAUUGAGAAGAAGGUGAAGUCGUUGGUGGAAUAUAUAGACCUGAGUAUUCUUUUCAGACCGCCUACAGUUGCAACGGUUAUUGGCAUUAUCAUUGCUUCAAUCUCUCCCAUCCAAAAUUUCCUGGUUGGCUCCGGUGCUCCAUUUCGUUUCGUUGAGAGUUCCGUUGUUUUGCUAGGGGAGGCAGCAAUUCCAUCCAUGACCAUUAUAAUGGGUGCAAAUCUUCUAAGAGGUUUCAAGCGAUCAGGAGUGGGAAUUUGGCUUCUUUUCGGGAUCAUUGUUGUUCGAUUCAUUAUCUUGCCUAUCAUCGGUGUUGCUGUUAUUACGUUCGCAAAAAAUUUAGGCAUGGUGGGAUCAGAUCCUUUAUAUCACUUUGUUCUUCUGCUUCAAUAUGCAGUUCCACCUGCAAUGGCUAUUGGUACCAUCACACAGUUGUUUGAAAUUGGUGAGACUGAAUGUUCUGUUAUCAUGUUCUGGAAUUAUGCCGUGGCAGCAGUUGCUCUGACGCUUUGGUCGACAUACUUCAUGUGGAUCUUGUCCUGAAUACGUUUUAGUAGUUGCGCUCAUGUUAUAUUAUAUUUGAAGGGAGCCUUGACGCAACAUUAAGAUUUGUUGUCGUGUUACCAAGAGGUCAUAUAGUUUCAAGCUGUGGAAACAAUUUCUCACUAGAAUGCAAAGGUAAAAUUGUAUACAACAGAUUAAAUGUUUUUCCUGAGCUCGGACAUAGCAAGAGCUUAGUGCAUUUGAUUAUCAUUCUUUUGGUUAAUUUGUAAAAAAAAUAUGUUCAUGGGUAAAAUAUUGUCUCGAAUGACUUGAGGACAAUUAAUAAAUAUGAUGAUGAUUUAUUUGUAAGGAAUUAUAUA